CGGCUUCCGACACCGCACUGUCAGAGCUGAUGUAGAUCGAAAUCAAAUGUGGAAAGGUCAUACAACCCUGGGUGCGUCGACACCGAGACUCUUUGCAGAAGUGGAAUGUGACAUUGCACUCUAAAUAAGAGCACCUUUGGGUGAGACAUUGACGUGUCAAGAGUAUAGUGAUGAGUCACAAUACUGCACCAGAACAGCAAAAGAAGACAUCUAGCACGACUUCGAGUUUUUUUUUCAGUAUUCGUAUAUUCUAUGAAAAACACAAGAACUGCAUCAUUCUUUUCUUCUAUCACUUAGCCUUACGACGAAAUGGAUUAAUAAAACAGGAUUGAUCGAAGUGAGACGCCAGCUGGACGGCAUUCCAUUUCUGCAGUUAUAUUCUUUUCGCAACAUGACGGCAAUGGCCAAUGUUUCAAAAGUAUCCGUCGCUGUUAUUACCGCAUUCCUGAUGCUCUGUUUUUUCUCAACGUACCUGGUGUCGGAUGAACAUCAACAGGAAUUUCAUCACGUGGUUCAAUGCGGUACCAACUUUACUCAGUUGGAUUGGACACGUAAGAACAAUGCCAUCCGAGUUCUCGAAGCGCAUAAGCCGACCAGAACUGCCCAAUCGCCUAUGACCGUGAGUAGCCUCAUGUACCUCCAGCCUGGGAAUGAGCCUGUGUGUGAGGUUGGUCACAUUGAUCGCGGAUGCUACUGUAAGAAAGCCUUCAAUGUUUAUCCACCUGAAAGGAAAUUAUUGAGCCCAGAUAUUCGAAGAGCAAGGGGGUGCAAGAAACGCAGACCCGAUGCUAUCAUACCAGGUGCAAUGAAGAGUGGCACAACUGCUCUCAAAGCAUAUUUGGAAAUCCACCCAUCAAUUACAUUUCCAGAUAGAGAAUUGAAAUUUGCAAAUCAUCAUAAAUUAAAUGAAUUUGACCAAUAUAAGAACGUGAUGCCGUAUGCUACCCCCGAUCAGAUUGCUAUGGAGAAAACGGCUGGCUAUUUCAACAGAAUAGCAGUUGCUGCAAAACUACGGAAGAAAAUGCCUGAUACCAAGUUCAUCAUCAUUCUCCGUGAACCAAUAAACCGUGCAGUGUCAAACUAUAUGCAUGAGCUAGCGCUUAAUGCGACGCAUCCAGGUGCUCUAAAGGUUCAUGAAUCGAAUCCAGCUCCACAAUACGAGAUCAAACCUACCUUUCGUGAGUCGGUCCUUUUAACGAAUGGAAGCCUCAAGGUUGCUAAUCGUCUCCUUGAUACGAGCCGCUAUGUUAAAUACCUAACACAGUGGUACAACAUCUUUCCUCGAGAACAGAUCCUUGUCUUGGACGGGGAAGAAUUUACACAGGAUCCCACCCCAGUUCUCCAACAGGUCGAGGAAUUUCUGGGGAUCGAUCACUACUUUGAUGAUACAAAGUUUUAUUUCAACGAGACGAAAGGAUUUAUCUGUCUUCGAGAUCCCUUUGAGAUGUGUAUGGCAUCCGUUAAGGGAAGACCACAUGAAGAAGUCGGUGGUGACUUAAUGAUAAAGCUCCAAGAUCAUUUCAGACCAUUCAAUAGAGAGCUUGCAAACGUUCUUGGUCGAGAACUCAGCUGGACAAAUUCUUACUAAAUUAGACAUGUUAGAUAGUAUAGCAAAAAUCUAAAAGAAUGGAAACAGAUGACAGUAUUUUCUUGUAGGUAUAGAUACACAUUUCUUUCACAGCAUAUUUGAAUAAAAACAGUGAAGAAAUGUGUAAGAACACAAGAGCAGGCGGUUUGAACUAUGCUUCCCGAAGUGAAACCAGAAUGCGACUAUUUUCAUGAGGACAGCAGCCACGAAGGAAUAUAGUCGCAUUCGCGUUACUGGUGCUGGGGGGGGGGGGAUUUUUUCAGUGCACCGAACCUCCGAUCGAAGGUCGUAUUUAGUUUAUUGUUAUAUCCUACAUACAUUAAAUCCUGUAUGCUGAUUGGUUUAAAUAGCAUCAUGUGACCAAACAUAUUCUUACUAUUUUCAAUUCAAAUUCAAUU